CCACCAUUCAAAAAACCAAAACCAUGUCACUGUUUCAUUAUGUGACAUACAAAUACAUAAUAAUUAAGGAUAAAAGACUUGGUGUAGCAUAUUACUGUCUUGCUGGCCUCAUUUUGUUGUAUACAGUUGUGCAAAUAUUUGUCAACAAGGCCUAUCUGCAGUUCGAUUUUUCACCCAAAGGAAAUAUUAGAAUACUAGUUACUACUCCUCCAAAUAAAAACAGUUAUAACCUUUCCUACUGCUGCACAGAUAAUAAUACUGCCAAUUGUGGAGCUUGUCGUGGACUGGAUGGUUUAUCGUUAAAUUGGCCUGUCGAGUCGAAAGCUGUUACAGUUGCGUCUUAUGUCAAGGAAAGGUGGGAAAAACAAGAAUGCAGUGGAAACUUCAUGUAUGACCAGACCAAACUACACACACCAUAUUCUGUAGUCAGGGAGAACGAUUUUUACAGUGUUAAUCCAGAGAAUGCUCUUAUAAAAAUUGAACAUUCCAUCAGCGCUGUUGGUGACCAAUUUUCAGCAUCACAUCGUAUGAUGAAUGGAGUACUGUUGACGAAAGAUGGAAAGAUACUAAAAAGACUAAACUCGAAGAAAUUAUCACGCGUUGACAAAAUAUGGUUGAGUGAAUUUCUUCAAGCCGCAAAUGUUUCACUGGAUGCAACCUCAGAUGCAUUGAACGCAAAUGGGCGAACGUACCGUCAAAAUGGUAUCGUUUUACAUGUUAUGAUUGAAUAUAAAAACGCGGACUUUGUUUGGUUCGGCAUUGGAAAGCCAGAAUACCGAUAUCACGUUAAACACGUGACAUUUUCAGAUUAUCGAGUCAAACAGGAAAUUCCGAUCAUUAACAGCGAGGGAACUGUUUGUGAACGACUCGUUAACAAACGAUAUGCAACUCGUUUGGAGUUCUCUCAAAGAGGGAAAAUUGGUCAAUAUUCACUAUCAAAUUUACUGUUCCAAUUGGUUUCUUUUAUGGGUCUACUUACACUGACUGCAACAGUUAUAGAUAUUAUUGCGCUAUAUUUAGUUCCGAAUAAGGACCUAUACAGACAGUACGUUUUUGAUUCUUCACCAGAAUUACGAAAGCCGAACGAAAUAAAUGAGACAGAUGAAAAAGAAAAAGAAGAGUAGUCGUACGGUUUUUAAAUUAUACAUAUAUUUUAAACGGAUUUUAUUGAAUACAUAUAGCCGAAAUACAUUGUAUAUUUGCACUAUAAAUUAGCACUGAGAAGAGUUGAAAACAUCGCUAAUAAUAGCGGUAACCCGGCUU